AUGGUAUGGGAAAAAGAACAUCAAAAUCAUGAUUGGUAUGGAAGCGAAGCGAUGAUGGGUACUUUGGUUGGAAAGCUUCUGUGGACCUUCCCAUACACUAGACGAAAACCUGAUGGCACCAAGUGGGCCCUCCACUGGAUCGACGACUCCGAGUCCUUCGCGGAGCGCCUGGUGGCCUUCGCCUGCGUGGAGGGGAUAUUCUUCUCAGGGAGCUUUUGCGCCAUAUUCUGGGUGAAGAAUUGGGGGCUGAUGCCGGGCUUGACCUUCUCCAACGAGCUGAUCUCGCGGGACGAGGGGCUUCACUGUGACUUCGCGUGCCUGCUGUAUGGGCUGCUGAGGGCGAAGCUGAGCGAGGAGAUUUUGAUCUCAGAGAUGGAGGGCUUCACUGUGACUUCGCCGAGGGAGGCCAUGGCUGAAGCCAUGGAGGACUUGGAGAUGGUGUCCAUGGGGGAGGAAACGAAUGGGAGGGUGAGGGAGAGGUUGCAGGAGAGAGGAGAGGAGAGGGAGACGACAUCGGUGGAGAAGUCAAUGAAGUAG